AUGAGCGCCAAGAUCUACUGCGGUAACCUCUCUUGGGGAACCAACUCGGACUCGCUCCGCGACGCCUUCUCGCAGUUCGGCCAGGUGAUCGACUGCAUCGUCAUGACUGAGCCGGGAACGGGUCGCUCGCGCGGCUUUGGCUUCGUCACCUUUGCCGACCAGGCCGCUGCCGACGCCGCGAUCCAGACCAUGAACGAGCAGGAGCUUGACGGUCGCCGCAUCCGCGUCAACAUCGCCAACCAGCGCACCGGCGGUGGUGGAGGCGGUGGAUACGGUGGCGGAUACGGUGGCGGCUCGGGCGGCUACGGCGGUGGAGGAUACGGGGGUGGAGGAUACGGUGGCCAGUCCGGCUACGGCGGCGGCUACGGUGGCCAGUCUGGCUACGGCCAGCAGGGCCAGGGCGGCUACGGUGGCGGAUACGGCGGCCAGCAGGGCUACGCCGGUGCCCAGCAGGGCUACGGCGGUGCCGAGGGCUACGGCCAGCAGUCGGGCGGAUACGGCGGCUACGGCUCGGGCGCACCUUACGGCGGUCAGCAGCAGGGCGGCUACGGCGGCCAGGGUUACGGCCAGCAGCAGCAGCAGCCCCAGGGCGGUCAGGGCGGCUACGGCGGCGGAUACUAA